UUUUUUCGUUUGAGAACCGAUCGCAGAAAUCCCUCUCCAUUCCUCCGUCUUCUCUUCGGCUCCAAGAAACACCCGUUCUCUCUCUGGCGCUCUCCCUCCUCGCGAGUCCGAUUCUUCUGUCCUCCAAGACGUCGCCCAUCUCUUGCACGGUCUCGAGCAGAUCGAUGGCAACAGCUGCAGCAGAUUUACCACCAAAAGGUGGGUUCAGCUUUGAUUUAUGCCGCAGAAAUGAUAUGCUGUUGAAGAAAGGGGUCCAGAUGCCAUCUUUCAGGAAGACUGGAACCACCAUUGUGGGCUUGGUCUUUCAGGAUGGUGUUAUUCUAGGUGCAGAUACUAGGGCAACUGAAGGACCUAUAGUAGCUGACAAGAAUUGUGAAAAGAUUCAUUACAUGGCACCAAAUAUUUACUGCUGUGGUGCAGGAACUGCUGCUGAUACAGAGGCAGUUACUGAUAUGGUCAGCUCUCAACUGCAGCUGCACCGUUAUGCAACUGGACGAGAAUCAAGGGUUAUUACUGCCCUUACCCUUUUAAAGUCACACCUUUUCAGUUAUCAAGGGCAUAUUAGCGCUGCCUUGGUCCUUGGUGGCGUUGAUGUUACGGGACCUCAUUUGCACACAGUCUAUCCUCAUGGUUCAACCGAUACCCUCCCUUUUGCUACGAUGGGUUCUGGAUCUCUUGCUGCUAUGGCUGUAUUUGAAUCAAAAUUCAGAGAGGGACUAACUAGAGAUGAGGGAAUAAAACUUGUAUGUGAGGCAAUAUGCUCUGGCAUCUUCAAUGACUUGGGGAGUGGGAGCAAUGUUGAUGUUUGUGUGAUAACAAAGGGCCACAAAGAUUACUUGAGAAAUCAUCAAUUGCCAAAUCCAAGGACCUAUGUCAGUUCUAAAGGCUAUUCCUUUGUCAAAGGGCAUACUGAAGUCUUGUCUACCAAGAUCACUCCGUUGAAGGAAAGAAAGGUGGAGGCUGUUGAGGGAGAUGCCAUGGAAGAGUGACUCAUAAGAUGUAUUAGUCAUGUGGAUUUCAUAUUCUAACUUGAAUACUUCCAUUUCUGGUUUAUCUCGGUUCUUAUAUUCUGUGUUCAUGCUAUUAUAUUGUUAUAAACUGCAAAUGGUCUUUUGCUUCAAAGCCCCAUAAUCUAAUUCAGCCAUACCACAAUAGUACUGUUUAUACUUGCAGUAAGCAUAACCCUACACAUGGGGUCAAAGUUAAUUUAGCUGUAUCAUUGCGCUUGCAUGAUUUGCCCCUUGGAUAUAGGUAAUUUGAAAUUUUUCUGUACAAAUAUUAUUCUCGA